GCAGGGGAAUGGGAAUGGGAUAUGGAAUUGGACUGGAGGGAGAUGUCUCAGGGGAAGGGGAAAGGGGAAUGGGAUUUGGAAUGGUAUUGGAGGGACAUGCCUCAGGGGAAGUGGAAAGGGAAUAGGAAGCGGAUUGGAGGGAGAUGCCACAGGGAAAGGGGAAAGGGGAAUGGGAUUUUCAAUGGGACUGGAGGGCGAUGCUGCAGGGCAAGUGGAAUGGGGAAUGGGAUUUUGAAUGGGAUUGGAGGGAGAUGCCUCAGGGGAAGGGGAAAGGGAAUAGGAAGGGCACUGGAGGGAAAUGCUGCAGGGGAAGGGGAAUGGGAAUGGGACUGGAAGGAGAUGCCUCAGGGGAAGGGGAAAGGGGAAUGGCAAUGCGAUUGGUGGGAUAUUGCGCAUGGGAAUGGGAAGGGGAAUUGGAAGGGGACUGGAGGGAGAUACCACAGGGAAAGGGGAAAGGGGAAUGGGAUUUGCAAUGGGACUGGAUGGCGAUGCUGCAGGGCAAGGGAAAAGGGGAAUGGGAAUUGGAGUGCUGGGAUGUGGCGCAGGGGAAGGGGAUGGGGAAUUGGAAUGGGAUUGGAGGGAGAUGCCACAGGGAAAGGGGAAAGGGGAAUGGGAAUGGGACUGGAGGGAGAUGUCUCAGGGGAAGGGGAAAGGGAAUGGCAAGGGGACUGGAGGGAGAUGGCACAGGGGAACGGAAAAGGGGAAUUGGAAUGGGAGUGGUGGGAUAUGGCGCAGGGGAAUGGGAAUGGGAAUGGGACUGGAGGGAGAUUUCUCAGGGGAAGGGGAAUGGGAAUUUGUAGGGGACUGGAGGGAGAUGCCACAGGGAAAGUGUCUAAGGGGAAUGGGAUUUGCAAUGGGACUGGAGGGCGAUGCUGCAGGGGAAUAGGAAAAGGGAAUGGGAAAGGGACAGGAGGGAGAUGCUGCAGGGGAAGGGGAAGGGGGAACGGGAAUGUGCGUGGACGGAGAUGCCAUCGGGAAGGGGAAAGGGAAUGCAACAGGUGGCAGAGGGUGCAGAGGAAGAAGGGGAAUGGGAAUGGGACUGGAGGUAGGUGCCUCAGGGGAAGGGGAACGAGAACGGGAAGGGGACUGGAGGGAGAUGCCUCAGGGGAAGGGGAAUGGGAACGGGAAGGGGACUGGAGGGAGAUGGCAGAGGGGAAGGGGAAUGGGAACGGGAAGCGGACUGAAGGGAGAUGACAGAGGGGAAGGGGAAAGGGGAAUGGGAAUGUGAGUGGUGGGAUAUGGUGCAGGGGAAGGGGAAAGGGGAAUGGGAAGGGGAUUGGAGGGAGAUGGCACAGGGGAAGGGGAAAAGGGAAUGUGAUUUGGAAUGGGAUUGG